AUGGUAAACGGAUACUUGACAGAAGAACAGCGCAAACACUGGGAUGAGCAAGGCUAUCUCGUUGUGAAACAGGUGCUUUCCACCGAGGAGAUUCGCACACUUUUGGACGCUGUCGAUCCGGUUAUUGAAGACUACGUCCGGGAAACGGAUGGUCCAGAUGCCCCCCGGUUUGGUCGAGGUGCUUUCACCAUCAUUCGGGCGAUCGAAAGAACGGAUGCGCUGGAUGUCUUAACAGAUCACCCUAACAUCUUCGGGACGAUUCUCGCAUUGAUGGGUCCCUACCUCCAGAUUAUGGGAACGCAGAUCUACACUCGACAUCCCAGCGAUGAUCCUUUACUGAGUUUCCAUACGGAUGCUGGACCCUCACUACAACAGAUUCACCCGCACCCCCAAAGCCUCCCGCUGCAAUUCAAGGUUCAGUUUUUCCUGACCGAUGUAUCAAAGCCGGACAGCGCAAAUUUCAUGUUGGUGCCGGGCAGUCAAAAUGAGCCUUUUCCCGAACACCCGGAACCCGGAUUUAUUCCAGAGGGAGCGAUCCAAGUGCUUGCCGAACCGGGCGAUGCCGUUAUUUUUCCGUGGGCGCAAGUGGCACUCGGUCGGACCGAAUAA